AUGACGCGUUUUCUCGUAUUAGGUGUUUUCUUAAUGCUGCUGCUGGAGCAGCAGCAAGGGCAGCUGGCUGCUGCCUUCCGCGUCGGCCCCGGGCCCGAAGCCAGAGGGGCUGAACUGCAGCAGCGACUGCGCCCCACAGCUGCCGUCCCAACUGCAAGUCAGCAGCAGCAGCCUGUUCAGCAGGUUGCUGUGGUGCCGCGGGGCGUGUCCAGCAGCAGCAGCAGCAGCACUGCAGCAGCAGCGGGUCCCACGGGGACCGCUGAGCCAUUGAGCGGCCCGCUGCCAGUGGACCUGCGUGGGAAGACCGCGUUUGUUGCAGGCGUGGCGGACAGCAACGGCUACGGGUGGGCCAUUUGCAAGCUACUGCGGGCUGCGGGCGCGCGCGUGCUGGUGGGGACUUGGCCCCCAGUUUAUUCCAUCUUCAAAAAGGGCCUCGAAAGCAGCCGUUUCGAACAAGACAGCUUCUACGCCCAGGAGCCCAGCAGCAAAGUUGCUGCUGAAGCAGCAGAGAAACCCGUAGAUCUCGUCUUCGACAAAAUUUACCCUCUCGACGCUGUGUUCGACACCCCCCAAGAUGUGUCAAGCAACAAGCGCUACGCGGGCGUUGACGGCUUCACGAUCUCAGAAGUGGCUGAGGCAGUGAGGGCCGACGUGGGCCAAAUCGACAUUCUCGUGCACUCCCUGGCAAACGGCCCUGAGGUGACGAAGCCUCUGCUGCAGACAUCUCGCAAGGGUUACUUGGCUGCUGUCAGCAGCAGUAGCUACUCCUUCGUGUCCUUGCUGCAGCACUUUUUGCCUCUCAUGAAGGAGGGAGGCAGCGCCUUGGCUCUCUCCUACAUCGCAUCUGAGAAAGUCAUUCCCGGCUACGGGGGAGGCAUGAGCAGCGCGAAGGCCGCGCUGGAGUCGGACUGCCGCACGCUGGCCUUCGAGGCUGGCCGCGCGCGGGCCGUGCGGGUAAACUGCAUCAGCGCGGGGCCGCUGAAGAGCCGCGCGGCCUCGGCCAUUGGCAAGGCCGGCGACAAGACCUUCAUCGACCUCGCCAUCGACUACUCAGAGGCCAACGCACCUCUCCAGAAGGAGCUGGAAAGCGACGACGUGGGCAGAGCCGCUCUCUUCCUGCUGUCGCCGCUGGCCCGCGCCGUCACUGGGGCCACACUUUAUGUGGACAACGGCCUGCACGCCAUGGGCCAGGCUCUGGACUCCAAGUCCCUCACCCCUUGA